AUGGCUGAUGAGACAAGUGAUGUCGGGCAUCACGAACAAAUGUCUUUUGUUGUAAGAUAUUUUGAUGAUAAUGUUAAUAGACCUAUAGAAACAUUUGUUUCGUUAAAAUGCAUGACACCAAACUGGGAAUCAGUGAUUGCUGUAUGUUUUGAUGGAGCGUCAACUAUGGCAGGUAGUAUAAAUGGUGCACAAAUGAAAUGUAAAGAACAAAAUAAUGAAAUUAUGUAUGCGCAUUGCCUAAAUCUUAUACUAAUUAAUGCUGUAUUUGAAAAAUCUAAAAAAGUAGUUAAGAAUCGAUUGAUUUUUAAUUUCCUUGGAACUAUACAAUAUGUACACAACUAUAUAGAAAGUAGUCCAAUGAGGCACUCAACAUUAGAAAAAGUUGCUAAAGAAACAGGAGUUACUCUUCUAACAUUAAAGUCUUGUUCAAUUACACGAUGGGCAUGUCGUGCAGAAGCUGUAAAAGCUAUUAAAAAUAAUUAUAAUGUUUUAAUUACUGCAAUUGAUGAAAUAUGUGAAAACACUUCAGUACUUGAGAUGAGAGCAAAAGGAAUUGGUAUUUUACAACAACUCCAAACAUUUGAAUUUAUUUUUGGCAUGGAAUUAAUGAGUCAUAUUUUAAAUAUAAUAUUAAAAAUAGGUUCUAUGCUGCAGUCUCCAAAAAUUGACCUUUUGAUUGCAGCAGAAAGUGUAAAUACUUUAAAGAAUACCUUAUUAAACAUGAGAAAUAAUGAAGAAGAAUACAAAGUAAAAAAAAGAAAAGUUACAACUAAAAUUGAUCCAUCUCCUUCAAAUCAAGUAUUUUUUAAGACUAAAUAUGAAGAUUUAAAAGUUUCUGUAUAUUAUCCAUUACUAGAUGAUCUUAUUUCUGGAAUAAAUUCAAGAUUUAAACAAGAUACAAUUUGCCUUAUAAAUGCUGUUACAAAUAUUAUAAAUUUAAAUAUAACUACUGAAAUAGCUACCAUUAUGGAAAAGUUUGCGAAAAUUUCAUCAGAUACUUUAAUUGCUGAAAUCAAACUUCUCAAGAACUCGACAGACAAGAAUAUUCCUAAAGGAACUACUAAUGAAUCUGUGUUUUUGUGGCUGGAUUGGUUAAAAGAUUCCGGUAGAUAUAAUAUUUUUAGUUGUUUUUUUAAAAUACUACAAAUGUUCAGCAUUAUACCAGUUACUAGUUGUUCAUGUGAACGGGUAUUUUCAAAAUUAAAUAUUGUAAAAAGUAAACUAAGAAAUACCAUGGCCCAAGACCACCUGGAAUCAUAA